CUCACAGAGGUCCGCCCUCCUCUGCCUCUCAAGUGCCAGGAUUAAAGGCGUGCGCCACCAGACCUCUGCACUUGGGCAAGGUGAAUGUCUUCUGUAGCCUGAGGUCUGUAAUUUCUCUCACACCCAAGCCUUUCCCCUGGCCCACUCUUCUCAUGCUUCUCAAUAAGGCCUUCUCUAAACUCCACAGCCAGGUUGUAGACCUUCCCAUCCUCCUCGGCCUCUCUCGGUGUGGUAGUUAUUUCAGUGUAUGAUAAGUCCCAAGUGGUUUUCCACCCUCGUAAACUCUGUGACAGAACUGGUUGUGUCUAUAUAUUCCACAUUAAAUCUUUUUUUAAAAAAAAAAAAAUGUCUGACACCCAAAUCAUGUGUUUGAUGAAUCAGUUAAGUGAAAAUUAUUAAAACUAAUAUGUCAGGGUAUCAAAUACCAACUUCAAGAAUUACAAUCCGUAAGUAUGCUGAUGUUUCUGUGUAGGUAUUAAACUGAACCUUUGGGAGACGGCAAUCACACUUAAAGCAAUAUUGGUGGAGUUAAGGUUAGAGUGAGGCAUCCCAAAGAAAGAUAACUUGAAGCCACAUCCUUUAACAAAUAUCUGUUCAGUUAUGUGAAAUCAGUACUAGUCAUGCCUCCAAUGAAACAGACUGAAGAAGUUCAGAACAAAGGGUAACUUGGGUUUACCUGGGAGUGUGCAGUGAACGAUUAGGCCUCUGGGUGUCGCUGUUGACCAUACAAGAAGAAAAGACGACGCUGAAGCGCAGCCCACCAUUUCCCUGCUGCAAAGAAACGCCAAGAAGAGUCUGAGAAGAGAGAAGCUGCUACCAAGCUCACCACAUCGUCAACCAGCUCUGUGGUGUGUGAAUUAAGUCCAUGAAAGAAUUAACUCCUUGAGGGUGUAAGACUGGCACCCAUCGUGGGAAUUCAGAGGGGAAAAUAAACAAGAAAGGAAAUGAUCCGCCUGGGACCAGGAACCGCCGGAGCCCUGGCUUUGCUGUGCGCGCUCCUGGGGACGCUGUGUGCGGCUGGCGUCAGGCAGAUCCGCUACUCUGCAGAGGAGCUGGACAAAGGCUCCUUCGUGGGCAACAUCUCCAAGGACCUGGGGCUGGAGCCCCGCGAGCUGGCAGAGCGCGGGGUCCGCAUCGUCUCCAGAGGUAGGUCGCAGCUUUUCUCUCUGAACCUGCGAAGCGGCAGCUUGGUCACCGCAGGGAGGAUAGACCGGGAGGAGCUGUGCGCCCAGAGCACGCCCUGCCUGGUGAGCUUUAACAUCCUUGUGGAGGAUAAGCUUAAAAUAUUUGAGGUAGAAGUCGAGAUCAGCGAUAUUAAUGAUAAUGCACCUAGUUUUCCAACGGAGGAAUUGGAAAUAAAAAUUGGUGAAUUAACAGUUCCUGGAACUCAAUUUCCACUUAAAACUGCAUUUGACCCAGAUGUGGGUAUGAACUCUCUGCAGAACUAUAAGCUCAGCCCCAAUGACUACUUCUCCUUGGCUGUGAACAGUGUCACCGAUGACGCCAAGUACCCAGAGCUAGUGCUGGAGCGAGCCUUAGAUCGUGAGAAAAAGGCAGUUCAUCAGCUUGAUCUCAUUGCCUCUGACGGUGGAGACCCUGUCCACACCGGCAAGUUGUGCAUCAAGGUGAUAGUCUUGGAUGCAAAUGACAACCCACCUGUGUUUACUAAGCCAGAGUACCAUGUCAGUGUUCUGGAAAAUGUGCCGGUAGGCACCCGACUGAUCACAGUGAAUGCCACUGAUCCUGAUGAGGGAUUCAACGCUCAAGUGUCCUAUAUUCUAGAUAAAAUGCCUGGGAAAAUUGCUCAGGUUUUCCAUCUCAAUUCAGUGACCGGAGAUAUAUCAAUAUUAAAAAGUCUCGAUUAUGAGGAUGCUGUGUUCUAUGAAAUCAAAAUUGAAGCACAAGAUGGACCAGGUCUUUUUUCAAGAGCCAAGAUUCUUGUCACGGUUCUGGAUGUGAAUGACAAUGCCCCAGAAGUUUCAGUCACUUCCCUCGCGGGCUCAGUCCAGAAGAAGCCCCUGCCGGAAGAAAUCGCUCUUAUCAAUGUGCAUGACCGAGAUUCUGGCCAGAAUGGGCACGUCACGGUUUUUGUCCGAGGAAACCUGCCUUUUACUCUAGAAAAAUCAAUAGACCAAUACUACCGCUUAGUGACAGCCAAAUCUCUGGAUCGUGAACAGGUGUCUCAAUACAAUAUCAGUCUAAGAGCCACCGAUGGGGGGAACCCACCGCUGUCCACCGAAACUCAUAUCACUCUGCAUGUAUCAGACAUCAACGACAACCCUCCUACCUUCACACACGCCUCCUAUUCAGCCUAUAUUCCAGAAAACAAUCCUAGGGGAGCCUCCAUCUUCUCCGUUACAGCACUAGACCCGGACACGGACAAGAACGCACAAAUCACGUACUCGCUGGCUGAGGACACGCUUCAGGGGGUGCCACUGUCAUCCUACGUCUCCAUCAACUCCAAUACCGGUGUCCUGUAUGCCCUUUGCUCCUUUGAUUAUGAGCAAUUUAGAGACCUGCAGUUGCAGGUGACAGCUAGCGACAGCGGGAACCCUCCACUCAGCAGUAACACGACACUGAGUCUGUUUGUGCUGGACCAGAAUGACAACAUGCCUGAAAUCCUUUACCCCGCCCUCCCAGUAGAUGGCUCCACUGGUGUUGAGUUGGCGCCCCGCUCUGCAGAUCCUGGAUACCUCGUGACCAAAGUGGUGGCGGUGGACAAAGACUCAGGACAGAAUGCCUGGCUGUCCUACCGCCUGCUCAAGGCCAGCGAGCCAGGGCUCUUCUCAGUGGGGCUGCACACGGGUGAAGUACGCACCGCGCGGGCCCUGCUGGACAGAGAUGCCCUCAAGCAGAGCCUGGUGGUGUCUGUGCAGGACCACGGCCAGCCUCCUCUCUCCGCCACGGUCACACUCACCGUAGCAGUGGCUGACAGCAUUCCUGACAUCCUGGGGGACCUGGAAAGCAUCCACGCCCCUGCUAACCCCAAAGAUUCAGACCUCACGCUCUACCUGGUGGUGGCGGUGGCCGUGGUCUCCUGUAUCUUCCUGGCCUUUGUCAUCGUGCUGCUGGCCCUCAGGCUGCGGCGCUGGCACUCAUCGCGCCUGCUCCAGGCUUCAGGAAAUGGAUUGGCUGGCAUACCAGCCUCUCACUUUGUGGGUCUGGAUGGGGUGCAAGCUUUCCUGCAGACCUAUUCCCAGGAAGUUUCCCUCACCGCAGGCUCUAGGAAGAGUCACCUGAUCUUCCCGCAGCCCAACUACGCAGACACGCUCAUCAGCCAGGAGAGCUGUGGGAAAAGCGAGCCUCUUAUAACAUCUCAAGAUUUACUUGAAACCAAAGAAGGCCCCAACCUGCUUGAGGUGAGUUUAUUUCUUUGAGUGUUAUGAACAUCCAUGCCGGUGUGGUAUAAAACCUUAAGACACAUUUAUUUGAGAAAUACAGCAACAAUGAAAUUGUACACUCUGUUUCCCCUACCUGUGUCCCACUUGCCUGUGAGGAAGUUGUACUUCCCGGCCUUGUUAUGGCUGAGUGGGCCGAGGUAGCUAGUACGUUGUAUUGGCAGUAGCUAAUUGGAAGUAGUAACUUCCGGAGGCAACUCUAAGAGCGAUUGUGAGAAUUCCAGCUCUCUCCCUUACCCUUUGAAAUGACAGUCGCUCCUUCUACCUAUGUCCUUGAGUAGCCACAAAGAGAGAAAAGCCUUGUAGUUGAUCCAAAAGUGGCCCAUACACCUGUGACAGAUGGGUCUUUCACAAUUUCAUUCUCAUGGUUCAAUGGCUGGGGUAGAACCCAUGAUCUUGGCACAUGUUGAUCAUCUGCUGGACUCCUGAGCUGUACCUCAGCCUGCCCUCUCACACUAUGAACCCCAGUGGUUUGAACUUUGUCACUCCUGCCCACUGUCCUGCCCGGAAUGACACAAACGAGUGGCGGGAAAGGAUACAUACAAAGUAUUUUAUGCUCUCAGAAAAUCUUUUCUGAACCUUCCCAAGUCACACCAGUCUUUACAUUAUUUGUUUGUUUUGUUUUGUUUUUUGAGACAGGGUUUCUCUAUGUAACAGCUCUG